AUGCUUGUGCAGGUCGGCAAGCGCUAUGUUUCUGAGCAGAGGGACAUCGAUCCCCUGUUCGCGAAAUCCAUGCUGGAGUUGUUGUCCAGAAGCAAAGUCUUUCGGGACACGCAUGAGGAGUUCAUACGUGACCUGAUCGUGGCCUGCACUCGGAGGGAAUAUCCAGUGAACCGCUAUCUCAUGGAAGAGGGGAUGAAGGGCGACUCAAUGUUUGUUCUCUUCAAUGGCAUUGUGGAGGUGACUGCCGGUGGAAGGUACAUCUGCAAGCUCAAGGAUGGCUCCAUCAUUGGAGAGGUAUGCGAUGCUUCUGGAAACUGCCAGAAUGAACGUCGCGAGCAACGUUAUCUCUUUCCAAGCUUCAACUACAGGAACGGACUGGGUGACCAACGUCUACUUUGGUUUCAAACGGCUCUGAAGCUUGCGCAUUCGCUGAGCCGUACUUUAGUGCUGCCUCCUUUCUGGGUUCCCGACACAGAUGGUGAUCAGUACCAGGAUGAGAAAGCGCACUUUGAGCCGUUCGAGAAUUUGUACGAACCAAGUGCGUUCGAGUCCUACAAUACUUGGAUCACCUAUGCUGCGUUUCGGCAGCGAAUGAAUGCGACCAUUCGUUUGCUCUACAUGUCUCCAAGAGAGGCGAAGAAUCGACAUAGCAUUGAAUGUUCAUCCGGGGAGACGCUCACAUCUGCCGGCUCGUUGGAGAUCUUCGGGGAUGUCUGGAAGUACAGCAAGCUUCGCUGCUUGGAGACGCGGGAAAUGAUGGAACCAUUCAUGAGAAGCAAAGCACAGGUCAUUGCAUUGAACACCCGGAACAACCAAGAGCUGCCUGGCUACAGAAUGGAGGUCCUCCCUCCAAGAGAGUGCAAUCAAACUCAGUGGCCCUUCCACAUGGCAUUCAAUCAGUCGCUUGUCAAAGCAGCACGCUCAUUCAUGGAAACAUUACCAGCCUCCUUCCUUGCAGUUCACUGGCGCCAUGGAACCAGUAUGCACAAGGACUCAGCUGAAUUGGUGGAGGAUGUACAUAACAUCUUGAAGAAGUACGACUUCAAGCCGGAGCGUAUUUUUCUCUCUUCCAACUGUCAGGAGCCUGAGGAUUUAGCGGUCUUGGCGAAGGAGCUUGCGCUCCCCGUGUCUCAGUUCCAGGACCCUUCCUUCGCUCCAUGGCAAAGAGCUCUUAUCGACAUGAUAGUUGCCAGCGAGGCACCUUACUUUGUCCCCUCGAGCUACUCAAGCUCCUUCGCAAAAACGUUUCAGAGAGAGAUGAAGCACAAACUGAUGGAACUAGGAAAGUUGAUUGAUGUGAAAGAUGACAUCAAUCUGGAGCAGCAGGCUACUCAGUGCGAUGCCUUAAAAUCAGUGCCAUUCUUCUCCGAUCCUAGUGAUGCCAUGCACGAGUUUGUGGCAGAGCUUGCAAUGAAUACGUCCACAUAUUGGUACAAGCCUGGGACAGUCCUCAUGAAGGAAGGCGAUAUCAACUGUGAGGAAAUGUACAUCCUCCUGCGUGGAUCCUGUGAAGUUUACUCUUGUGGCCAGCUCUUGGGGAGGAUCGAAAACGACGUGAUUGGAGAGAUUGGUGUUUUGGACUUGCUUGAGCGUCGGACUGCGACUGUGCAGACUGCCACAGCUUGUCAAUGCAUGAAGCUUUCUCGUCAGGUGAUGGUCCCCAUCUUGGCAAAGUACCCGGAUGCUCGACUCAGACUGUUGGAACUUGCAAGGACACGCCUCACAUCAAUCAACGAGUCCAUCAUGACAUCGCAGGAAGAUCUUAGCGGCACAGCCAUGCAAGACCUCUGUGGUCGAUUGCCUGGCUGUGCCAUCGGCUUUGGACCAUAUGUCAACUCCGUCAGCAGCCCUGGUACCCUUGACUUUUUUAAAUGUCUUUUUUGGUCAACUCAAGUUGCAGUUGCUGAAUGGAACAGAUGCCCACCUAAACGCGCUGGCCGAACCGGCUUUAUGUGCUAUAUCAUUGCAUUCUCUCGGUUUUUGCUCAAGCUGCACCAUAUUGAACAACCGCAGAAUCUGUAA